CGUUCCCGCCGAGCCGCCGCUGCGGCUGCUGCUGCUGCCGCCGCAGCUCCGAUGGUUCCGGUUCCUGCAACCCCUGGGGUUUCUUCUGUCCAACCACUUCGUACAAACACGAUGGAGCCACGGGACGUGGAACUCCUGUUCACCGCGACGCAAUUUACCGAUGAGGUCGAAUACUUGGCCGUGCCGGAUAGUAUUUGCACUCCUCGGGCACUGGCUGUAAUCCAGAUUGAGAUACGCUUCGAUUUGUGUGUAGUCUGUUUUAGUCCGUCAUCUUACAAUACGUGUUCGUUCGAAGAGGACACUUGA